CCAGGAAACAAGGAAAUCUCUCGACUAAACCGGUUAGCCCCGCCCACACCCGAAGAAGCUCAGCUGAUGCAACUAGUAGUCCUUAAAAAGCUCUGUGCCUCUCUCUCAAAGCUGCUCAGCUCAACCAGCUCGAUACAUGGAUAGAACACAGACGAAACUCCUGGAGGAGAUAUUGGCGCUCCACAAAAAGGAAUCAGGAUGGUGUAUACUACGGCUUUUCUUUUCGGACACGGAGUGGCCGUCAUGUCAGAGAAAGGAAACGUCAUGGACAUGAUGGGGAAAUUUUUCGCUCAACUCACAUCUCCGGGUCAAAAGACGAAAUCAAUCCGGUGGGGCAGCGUCGAAAGCUGCGAUGAGCCGGAUAACAGUUCGCCUUUUGAAAACUUGGAUGCAGGUGUGGAUUAUGAAGAAAGGCAGGAUAUGGCCCAGCAGAUAGAGCGCUGUCUGACAGAGGCCAAAGGAUCCACCCUUCACUGCCAGGUACUGCUACUGCCUCGGCACAUGACCUCCAGGGUAGGCCAGGAUGUGAUGCAAUCAUCUGCUGAUGAGCCCUGUGGGCUUCGGGGUGCCUCAAUCAAAGUCUAUGUGGACGCCAAGGACGGCCUGAAAUCUGUGGGGAGCAUCUUCCCAGACCCAAGCAUCACCUCGACGUUUGAACUGUCUGUGAUCUUCAAGGCAGAAAAAAAUGAUGGCUGGUUAACACUUCAGCACAUCUUUGAUACUACCAAAGUGUUAAAGCUGAGACCUGAGUACAGGCUAGUGAAGAGAAAGCUCUACUCCUCUGCUAGUCCUGUCAUUCAUGAUUUCAACUAGAAUUCAAGUUCAGAAAGUAAACCUCUGCUUCAUGUUUCACCUGUUUUCAGUUUGUAGAUAUUUUCUUCGCUUAUUAUCUUUUAUUUUACUAAGUCAAUGUUUGAUCUUGUACUGCACUGGAAAAUGCAAGUGUUUCCUUGUUAUAAUUCGCUCUAAAGAAGAGGAUGGGUUGUUUUUUAUGUGUGUUUAUAGUUUAACUUGGAGCAGAGGGUAAACCUACUGCUUUCCCAAAAUUUAGUUGACAACAUUAUCAGUUUUUGCACAUUACUUACAAACUGAAUGUUAAAAGUGUACACUGUAGCAUUUACUUUUAUUUACUUUCCUUUUGGAAUGGGCAGGUCUCACUCCUGAGUGUGUUGUAAUUUUAUUUAUGGAUUCAUUAAAUACAUUUUUUUACACUA